AUGGAAGAUAAUCAAGAAAUUCCUGAUCUUUCAUAUGGUGCUUGUUUGAUCGGACCACCUGGUAGUGGAAAGACAUCAGCAAUCAAGGCAUUGAAAGAAAUGUGCGAAAAACUAAGCAGACACGUUAUAGUAAUGAAUCUUGAUCCGGCCAAUGACCAAUUACCUUAUCAAGCAGACUUUGAUAUUUGUUCAACAAUAAAUGUUAAGGAUGUAAUGGCUACAACUGCUUUAGGUCCCAAUGGCGGCCUAAUUUAUUGUAUGGAGAGCCUUGCUGAAAACAUAGAUGCAGUUGCAGACGUGAUACGUCCUCGUGUUCAGAAAGCAUCGUAUUUUCUAAUUGAUUUUCCUGGCCAAGUCGAAUUAUACACUCAUUCUGAAUGCAUUCGUCAAUUUCUGGAUAAAUUCCAGAAAGAUCUCAAACUUAAACUCGCUACAGUUAAUCUUGUCGAUGUUGUUUUGGCUUCUACGAAACAAGGAUAUCUUGGUCAAUCUCUAAUGAGCAUUGGAAUGAUGCUACGCUUAUAUACGCCCCAUAUCAAUGUACUUAGUAAGUUUGAUCUCGUUGAAACAGGAGAAGUUGAACUUCCAUUUGAAACAGAAACUUGUGAUUUCGAAGACAUGGUUUGCAGUGGAACACCAAGUAAACUACAUCAAAAAAUCGUUGAACUUCUUUGCGAUUACGACUUAGUUUCAUACGAAUAUUUCAGUGUAACUGAUGAAAGCUCUGUAAUGCAUCUGAUUGAGCUUAUCGAUAAGGCUGUUGGUUGUUCAUGGAUGCUUUAA